GCUACAAAGGAAAAAAAAGAAAAAACUAGUUCAGUUGAUAUCAUCUAGGCUAUCAGGCAACAAUAUUGCAGCAUAAUCCAUUGUCAACAAGCUGUAAUACAUCCAUAUAAGAAAAAAUGAAAUCAAAGUUGCAAAUAAAAACAGAAAGAGGCAACCUGCAGGAAAAUGAUGGAUUCGAACCGGUAUCUCCUACCGGACAAUACUUCAACAGCAAAAAACUGUCAGUUUGCAUCCUUGCAGUUCUGGAAUCUGAAGUUCCCGUUGAUGACUCAUGUGCAAUUCCACAACUACGAGAUGUUUUCCUUCCCAUUAACCCCAGAUUUUCUUCUAUAAUGGUAACUGACAAGAACGGUGUAAAGCAAUGGAAAAAAUUAGAAGUGAACCUUCAAGAUCACCUUAUUAUUCCCAGCUUCCCAGAGGACCUAUCAGUUGAAUCAUACGACGAAUACUUCGACGAAUAUCUGACAAAAACUAGUUCAGAUUUAUUGCCACAAAAUAGGCCUUUAUGGGAAGUUCACAUAUUCAAGUACCCAACAAGCAAAGCAGCUGGUCAUAUAAUCUUCAAGCUUCACCAUGCACUUGGUGACGGCUACUCUUUGAUGGGAGCACUUCUUUCUUGUGUCAAAAGAGCAGAUAAUCCUUCUCUUCCAUUAACUUUUCCUACAACUCGAUCAAGCUUAACAAACAAGAGCAACUCGACGAGAAUUAUCGACUGGGUGCCACAAACUAUAUCUGCAAUCUUCAAAGGAGCCUAUGAUUUUGGAUGGAGUUUUCUGAAAAGCACUUACAAUCCAGAUGAUAAGACACCCAUCAGGUCCGGAAAGAGUCAGGGUUUCCAACCAACCAAAAUCUCUACUAUUGAACUAUCCCUAGACCACAUUAAACUAAUCAAAGCAAGAGUAGGAACGACAAUCAAUGACAUUCUUGCAGGCAUAGCUUUCCAUGGGAUUCGAGUAUACAUGCAAGAAAUUGACCCAGAAUCCAACAUUUCACAAUCUACAGCUUUGGUGCUGCUCAACACUAGGAACAUCACAAGAUAUACUUCAGUUAAGGAAAUGAAAACGGCACAUACCAAGAUGUGGGGGAACCAAUUUGCAUUUCUGCAUGUAGCAAUCCCUGAACUGAUUGACGAUAAUUCCUCCAACCCCCUUGAUUUUGUCUAUAAAACACAGCAACAGAUUGCGAGACUCAGAAAUUCACCAGCAGUUUAUCUCACAGCUCAGUGCCUAGAGAUUGCAAGGAAAUGCAAAGGACCUGAGGCAGCAGCUGAACUUAUCUACAAUACAAUGAAUAAAUCAAGCAUGGGAAUGACAAACAUGAUAGGUCCAAUUGAAAAAGUGGCCUUGGUUGACCAUCCUGUCAAAGGCAUAUACUUCAUGGUUUGCGGCACUCCUAAGAGCCUAGUAAUAACAAUCAUGAGUUAUAUGCAAACUGUGAGGAUCGGAGUAGGAGUUGAAAAGGGCCUCAUAGACUCACAGAAGCUGACCUCAUGCAUCAAGAAUGCUUUUGAUCUGGUGUACGAGGCAGCCUCAAAGAGCCAAUAAAAAAAAAAACCUUCAAACAACAGAAAGCUUAUCCUCAAGGUGCUGAAUUGGAAAUGAUGCAACUCACCUCAAAUAUAUGACAUUUCAGUUAGCUCAAGCCUUGCAAUUCUUAACUCUAUUCAUCAGCAAUUACUAUGUCUAUUAUAGUGGCAUUUGGAUCAAAAAAAAAAAGGGUUCACGGCUAUAUAUAUGUAAACUCUCCUUAAAUUAGUGUGGCAUUAUGGGUAAUAUAUUAUUGUCAUAAA